GUUGCAGGACGCUGUCUUUGGACCUGUGGAGAGGAGAGGAAAGGAGCGCCAGGCACACUUUACGCACAGCGCGCCUGUGGAUGUGAGCGAGGCUGAGGCUGGAUAUCAGUCACCGGACAAAGUUUCUCACUUGGUUGUAAUAAUCCGACGAGAGGGCAUUCACGAUGAAUAAUGGAUCCAACCGAACCAUUGACCCGAGCUGCAGGGAGAAACCUCCUCUUGCAAUGGACAUCAUCCUCAAGUUGGACAUCUUUGGCAUCAUCCUGUACUCCAUCCUCACCUUCAUGGCAGCUGUGUCCAUGCUGCUCUUCAUAGAAGAAUGCAUCUACGUCUAUAGGAAAGUGCCGUCCAAUAAGAAGAGCGUGAUCAUCUGGGUGAAUGGGGCAGCACCGGUGAUCGGCACCAUGUCGUGUCUGGGAAUGUGGAUCCCGAGAGCCACCAUGUUUACUGAUAUGUUCUCCGCCUGCUACUUUGCCAUUGUGGUUUUCAAGUUCCUGAUCCUGAUGCUGGAGGAGGUGGGUGGCGAUCAGGCUUUCCUGAAGCGCGCCACGAGACACAAACUGAAGAUCAGCACAGGGCCGUGCUGCUGCUGCUGCCUCUGCCUGCCGUUCGUCGCCAUCACACGGCGUUCGCUCUUCCUGCUCAAACUUGGCUCCUUCCAGUUUGCCCUCCUGAAGACUGUCUUCACCAUCCUCUCCAUUGUCCUCUGGACCAACGGCACCUUUGAUGUGGCUGACUUGGAAAUAACAGGAUCUGCCAUAUGGAUCAACCCGUUUGUCGGCAUUUUGACCAUCAUAGCCCUGUGGCCUGUAGCAAUCAUGUUCAUGCACCUGAGAGUUACUCUACGGACGCUAAAGAUCGUUCCCAAGUACGCCAUGUACCAGCUGGUGCUGAUCCUGAGCCAGCUACAAACGGCUAUCAUCAACAUCUUGGCGUUAAACGGAACCAUCGCUUGCACGCCGCCGUUCUCCGCAGCAGCCAGAGGAUACAUGAUGAGUCAGCAGCUGUUGAUCUUGGAAAUGUUCAUCAUCAAACUGGUGACUCGGCUGCUGUACCGACGACAGUACGACCUUUUACCUGAGGAAGAAGAACAUGACGACAAUGAAAACACCAAGAUGGUUGCAGUGCCUGUGUCUGCAUGAUAACUCUGUGUGUGUGCGUGCGUGUGUGUGCGUGUGUGUGUGUGCGUGUCAUUUUUAUUUUUCUGCCUUUAUUUGAUCAAGAGAUAUAUAAUAAAUAUAAUAAAUAUGAAUUAAACCAAUAAACUAAUCGUAUGGGCAUUCAGUAUGGAUCAAAAUUAAUUAGCAUGUUUUUCAAAACAAAAAUCACAAAAGAUCACAAAUGUUUAGCAAGAGGCAGAUGCUAUACAUUCAUUCUUUAUUAUACAGGUAAAAAAAAAAAGGAGCAUUUAUGUAUUUACUCAGUCACAUCACUCUCAACAGGGUUUGUUCUCUCGGCAUAGACCAAGUAUGUAUUCAUAAGAGGCACAGUGUCCCAUAAUACUGGGUUUGAUAAAGUGAUGCUUCAUAAAUAAAGGGAUGGCUUAAUGAACCAAAAUACUAAUAUUGUCUUUGCGUGGGAAGGGAUGUUUACCAUUUCUGUGCAUAGAGGAUACAAAGAUGUGUUUUAAGUACAUGCAGCCGCAGCAGUGUGCACACACUGAAUAUUCAAAGAAAGAACCUCUGUUUGCCUCAAAAUAAGAAAGUAAUAUGGUUUCAUUUUAAAUUUUGUGAUGUGCUACAUUGUAACAUACAUUAUAGGUUGUACGUGUCACUAUCAAGAACAGGUUGAACUCUGAAACAGCAGGGUUUCUCAAUCCUGGUCCUGGGGUUGACCCACUGCCCUUUCCUUGCUCCAGCACACCUGAUGGAAAGGGCAGUGGGUCGACCCCAGGACCAGGACUGGAUGAAGACCACACAGUUUGACACAGGUGGAACACAUUAAAGCAAGCGUAAUCAUUGAUAUAAUCAGGAUUAAGUAAACAAUUGUUUAUCAGGGGUACAUUAGUCAAAUCUUCAUAUAAAUAUAAUAAUGAGCUGUUACUAAUUGGUCAUUUAUAAAAUGCAACCUGCAUUUUGUGCUCAUGUUUUGGCAAAUAGCUGCUCAUUUAUAAAUGAAAACACAUGUUGACAUUCUUAA